AUGCCUGUUUUCCCUUGCCUGACGCUUUCUGUCCUGUCCGCUACAGUUCUGCCCGCUCUGACUUUGGUCCGUCUCCAGUCCCACAUCUCGUCAGUCCUGCUACUCCUGAACCCCCCCAACUCCACUGCGUCCUUGGAUUCCUAUCCGGACCCGCUUGCCCAGUCCCAACUCCCCUCGCUCCAGCCUCAGCCUAUGGACCUGCUAGCCCAGUCCCAACUCCCCUCGCUCCAGCCUCAGCCUCUGGACCUGCUAGCCCAGUCCCAACUCCCCUUGCUCCAGCCUCAGCCUCUGGACCUGCUAGCCCAGUCCCAACUCCCCUCGCUCCAGCCUCAGCCUCUGCGCCAGGCUUCCUGCAACCCGCCCGAGCUUCCCCUGGCCUCCAGGGCCAGCCAGGGGAAGCCAGGGCCAGCCAGGGGAAAGCCAGGCCCAGCUAGGGCCAGCCAAGGGAAAGCCAGAGCCAGCCAGUGGAAGCCAAGGGAAAGCCAGGGCCAGCCAGUGGAAGCCAGGGCCAGCCAAGGGAAAGCCAGGGCCAGCCAGUGGAAGCCAGGGCCAGCCAAGGGAAAGCCAGGGCCAGCCAGUGGAAGCCAGGGCCAGCCAAGGGAAAGCCAGGGCCAGCCAGUGGAAGCCAGGGCCAGCCAAGGGAAAGCCAGGGCCAGCCAGUGGAAGCCAGGGCCAGCCAAGGGAAAGCCAGGGCCAGCCAGGGGAAAGCCAGGGCCAGCCAGGGGAAAGCCAGGGCCAGCCAGGGGAAAGCCAGGGCCAGCCAGGGGAAAGCCAGGGCCAACCAGGGGAAAGCCAGGGCCAACCAGGGGAAAGCCAGGGCCAACCAGGGGAAGCCAGGGCCAACCAGGGGAAGCCAGUGCCAACCAGGGGAAGCCAGGGCCAACCAGGGGAAGCCAAGGGGAGACCAGGGCCAGCCAGGGCCAGCGAGGGGAAGCCAGGGCCAGCCAAGGGGAAGCCAGGGCCAGCCAAGGGGAAGCCAGGGCCAGCCAAGGGGAAGCCAGGGCCAGCCAGGCCCAGCUAGGGCCAGCCAAGGGGAAGCCAGGGCCAGCCAAGGGGAAGCCAGGGCAAGCCAGGCCCAGCCAAGGGAAAGCCAGGGCCAGCCAAGGGAAAGCCAGGGCCAGCCAAGGGAAAGCCAGGGCCAGCCAAGGGGAAGCCAGGGCCAGCCAAGGGGAAGCCAGGGCAAGCCAGGCCCAGCUAGGGCCAGCCAAGGGAAAGCCAGAGCCAGCCAAGGGAAAGCCAGGGCCAGCCAAGGGAAAGCCAGGGCCAGCCAAGGGAAAGCCAGGGCCAGCCAAGGGGAAGCCAGGGCCAGCCAAGGGGAAGCCAGGGCCAGCCAAGGGAAAGCCAGAGCCAGCCAAGGGAAAGCCAGAGCCAGCCAAGGGAAAGCCAGAGCCAGCCAAGGGAAAGCCAGAGCCAGCCAAGGGAAAGCCAGAGCCAGCCAAGGGAAAGCCAGAGCCAGCCAAGGGAAAGCCAGGGCCAGCCAAGGGAAAGCCAGGGCCAGCCAAGGGAAAGCCAGGGCCAGCCAGUGGAAGCCAGGGCCAGCGCUGUUCCACUCUGUUUGAUUGA